UCAGCCUGCGCGCUGGGCACCGUGCGGGCGUGCGGCGGCCGGCAGCGAGGCACGGAGGCAGCCAGCGUCCCCGCCACCCUUUCGCUUAUUGCCCUUACAGCCCCCGCAGCAAGAAGUCGGCCCCCUUCUCGCCGUGCUGGUUUUUCCUUUCUUUGUGCGUGAACUACAUCAAAACGCCGCGAAGGCGCCGAGCCCCCAGACAGAAACCCCGCCGUGCCGUGGAAACGUGAAGGCGUUCCGCUUCCCUUGCCCGUGGUUGCACUUUUUGUUCUGUUGAGGCGGCCGCGACAGCGACAGCGCGCUCCUUUUCGCCGGCGCGGAGCGGUGCGCCGCCGGUGCCUGCGCGGAAGCCGCCGGUGCGCGGCCCCCCCCCCCCUCCCCCCGCCGCCGAGCCUCCCGCCGCGCCGGGCGCUCUUUUGUCGGCCCGGCCGCUGCCCGCUCUAAGUUAAAUGCUCCCUCGCUAUUUCGCGGGGCAUUUUCGGAGCGCCCCGGGCGCCAGCGGCGAGGCUCCCGCGCCAUCUACAGCCCGGCCGCGGCAGCGCGGCUCUGCCUCGCCGUAGGAGAGAGAAAGGACGAUCCCCGCUGCGCACAGCGCGUUACCUAACCUUUUGUUUUCGCCCGCGCUGCGCGCCCGCGGGAGCGGCGGCCGCCGAGGCCCGGCCGCGCCGCCCCGCGCUGCCGCCCCCCUGCCCCGCGCCGCCCCGGCACCGGGCGCCGCUGCCCCGCCGCCGCGCUGCUCCGCGCCCGGCCGCCGGCGGGAACAAAGGGCCGCGGGCUGAGCGCUCUCUCCCUGUGCCCAGGACGCGGCGCUGAGGCUGGUCGCCCGCCGCCGCCGCGCUCCCGCUCCCGCCCCCCCCCCGCCACACAAAGGCAGCCGCAGCUGGACGGGCGAGGGACCGCGCUCCACGCCAGGGCUCCGGUGCAGCGUCUCGGCUGGUCUUCUCCAUACUCAUGAACAUACAAAGGUCAACCCCUAUCACGAUAGCACGAUAUGGGAGACCGCGGAAUAAAACCCAGGAUUUUGAGGAGCUCUCGUCCAUACGGUCCAUCGAGCCAAGCCAGAGUUUUAGCCCGAAUCUAGGCUCGCCGAGCCCGCCGGAGACCCCGAACUUGUCGCAUUGCGUUUCUUGCAUCGGGAAAUACUUAUUGUUGGAGCCUCUCGAGGGAGACCACGUUUUCCGAGCCGUACAUCUGCACAGUGGCGAGGAGCUGGUUUGCAAGGUUUUUGAUAUUGGCUGCUACCAGGAGUUAUUAGCACCAUGUUUUUGUCUGCCUGCACAUAAAAAUAUCAACCAAAUUACUGAGAUAAUUCUUGGGGAGACAAAAGCGUAUGUGUUCUUUGAAAGGAGCUAUGGGGACAUGCAUUCGUUUGUUCGAACCUGCAAAAAGCUUAAAGAAGAGGAGGCAGCCAAACUCUUCUAUCAAAUAGCUUCUGCUGUUGCACACUGCCAUGAUGGUGGACUGGUACUGCGAGAUCUCAAGCUGCGAAAGUUUAUUUUCAAGGAUGAAGAAAGGACUAGAGUGAAAUUGGAAAGCCUAGAAGAUGCUUAUAUUUUAAGAGGAAAUGAUGACUCUCUUUCUGAUAAGCAUGGAUGCCCAGCCUAUGUGAGUCCAGAGAUCUUGAACACAAAUGGCAGCUACUCUGGCAAAGCAGCGGACGUGUGGAGUCUAGGCGUCAUGCUUUAUACCAUGCUAGUUGGACGCUAUCCUUUCCAUGACAUUGAGCCUAGUUCCCUCUUCAGCAAGAUCCGUCGUGGGCAGUUUAACAUUCCAGAAACUCUAUCCCCCAAGGCAAAAUGCCUCAUACGUAGCAUACUGCGUCGGGAGCCAUCGGAAAGGCUGACUUCACAGGAAAUUCUGGACCAUCCAUGGUUUUCUACAGAUUUUAAUGUAUCGAAUUCAGGAUAUGGUGCUAAGGAAGUAUCAGAUCAGCUGGUGCCUGAUGUCAACAUGGAAGAAGACUUGGACCCAUUCUUUAACUGAGCACACAGACUGGUGUUCAGAAGGUACACAACCUGGAGAUGGACGCAUGAAGGAGCCCUUCCUGACCGUGUUAAAUCACAUCCUGCAUCAGCCUAGCUUGGUAGCAAAAGACACUCGGAGGUCCUCGGAUUGAGAAGGAACCUCCACAAGGAGCUAAUAUAACAAAUGUAGCAUGGGGACAGACUGGGGGUGGGGGUGGGGGGCGGGGGGAGCUUGCUAUCAGGUUAGAUUGAUUUGGAGGAGAAAAGGCAGCAUGGAGCAAUUGUAGCUUCUCACCUUUUUGGAGCCAAGGAGACUGCACAUGCCAAUUCUGGUGCAGCUGUAUCACUCCUGUUUCUGUUCCAUUAAAAAUAGUGGUAACUCACAACAAAUAAAAACUUUUUUGCCUCAGCUCACAUCUUGGCAUCGCACUGUUAGAUAUUUAACUUCAGCCAUUAUUCAGGGAAAGUACAAUUGGCUAACAUUUUUUUUAAUCGGAUGUCUAAUAAUUAAUGGGAUUAAUUUAAGAAAAAAAUUAGGUGCACAAAGACGGACAUGAAAAGUGGGUGCUAAAAACAAACAAAAUUUCAGUUCAUGUCUCUUGAUAGCUAUUUUCAACUCAUUUCUUCUAAAUAAACUACUUAAUAUUCUUGUCAGGAAAUGACAUUUUAAUGCUUUGUUCCCUUAAGGGGAAGUAACUGUCAUUUAACAAGCUGUUCUGUUUUGUGUCAAAUGGUUUGUUGCAGGAAGCUAUUAUAACUCGAACUUCCAGAUGCAUUACUGCUAUAAUGGGGGGGUUGGGGGGAGAAGAAAACUGUAUAAUUUUUUUUUUUUUUUUAAGAUAUGAGAUAACUGGCUUCCAUAUCUGCCAUGCUGCACGUAUAUGACUAGAGAGGGCAGAAAGCCCUUAAUCAUGUCUUUAUCUGAGAACCGAUCUCUUCUUUAACUGACUGGCCCACAUGUAAAUAGAGGGCUCUUUAUUAUUGAAGAAGAGUAUUGUGGGGUUUUUUUUUUCUUUAAAUUCCUCUCAACUUGGGAAAAGAAUUGUUUGGGUUUGAUUUUUGUUUAUGUCCAGAAUAAGAAAUAAGAGGGUAUUAAUAAGCUGAACAUUUAUAUUACAGAUAUUCCUCUUGAAACAUACACAGUAAUAUGCACCUUUUGUAUUGUCAAGACUUAUUCUAUUUAUUGAAGAAAAUGUCACAGUAGUGAUGUAUUAAGCCAGUACUUCAAUUACGGGUUGACUUGGGAUGACAUGUUACAUGCUGUAGUUAACACACUUCUUUUCUGUUCAGGUAUUUCUGUCCCUAAAUAACUUUUUAUUUAGCUUCUUUUUCUAGAUAGCUUUAUUUGAUUUAGACUGGCAAAUGUUUUUAUUACUGCUUUUAUAUUGCUGUAUGAUAUUGAAAUCUCUUGGCAUAAAUAUUUGUGUUUCCAGUACCUCAGUUGUUCUGAUAUUACUGCCUGUAUAUGUUUUGUGAAGUGGUCAUGUUUUUUGGGUAGGUACAUGUGGACUCUGUAGUAUGUAAAUGUUACUUGAAUUUGUGCUUAAUUAUAGUAUGUGGCAUGUGCGUACAGCUACUUGGCAUUUGACGUAUGGAUGCUAUUUGCCUGCCUUGCAGGAAGGUUAUGGUCCCACUCUCAAGAGGAUGUUUCACAGUUCUUUAUCAAGAGACAAAGCUAGCUGCAGCUGACCUGCCUUGGUUCUAUUUUGGUAACUAAGAAUAUAAAGGAGCAAUGUUUUUACACUCUGAAGAUGGUGCUGUGUCAAGAAGGACUUUUUUUUUUUAUUUUAUAAGUACCUUAUAGGAGGAAAGAUUGGUGAUGUGCAUGGUGGGGUUUUACUGCCUCUGGUGCUUUGUCAUGUAUUUGGUUUAAUGUUUUUGUCCUAAUCUCUUCAAUAAAUAAAAUUGUGCAUAUUUAACUAAAA